CGCGUUGCGCUCCGUACACAAACUCGUUGGCGGCCGCCGCCGCUGUUGUGCUGAGAGUAGCAUCGGAAGUUGUCGGGCGGUGACCAAAAACUACUAUACCAUUCUGGCGUACAGUGUCUUAAGCGGCCGUUCCUCUGUACUGUUCCACUCGCCACCGAACGCGGACCGUCGUCGUAUCACUUACGUUUUCGGUACACCAGCACGUGGCCACGCGCCGUUUUAAAUAUUAAUUACUAUAUUUUGCCAUUAACUACAAAUUACUAUCGUUCAUCGCGGUUGAUAAUUUUUUUUUAAUUUUGUGAACAUUUCGUAAAUCAAUAUCGACUUAAAAUUCGUUCAGCGAUAUUAUGACUAUUUUAUUGCCGUACUCAGAUAUGGUCGAAACUUGACGGAGUUAGUUCGUUUUUUUUUUUUUAAUUAUAUAUUAUAUAUAAAUAUUAUAUUUGUAGUGACAUUGAAAAACUUUAUUCGGUUACAAAAGUUGCGAAAAUAAAUUCGUCUAAAUGAACAUGAGUUCGUAUCAAUUCAUGAACUGCUAUCAGCAAAGCCAAGCACAACAAGCCAGAGCGGCCACGUCGCCCGUUGUAGAUCCCCUGCAGGCGAGCAGUCCAGGAGCUGCGGACUAUUAUGGGCAAGCUCAAGGAGUGUACAACAGUGGCCCAGCAGCCGGAUGCUAUUCGCCACAACAGUAUGCAUCUCAAUACAUGCAACAGUCUUCACCGUCCAUGAUUGACUACACACAAUUGCAUUCGGUGAAUCAUCAACAGCAACAGCAGCAACAUCAGAGACUGCAAGCAGCCGCGGCCGCCGCGGCCGGCGUUCACUUACAACACCUACAGCAUGGUGGAGGCUCUGGUGGCCUGCCGUCGCCGGGUGCCAUAUCACCCAUAUCGUCUUCAUUGAACAAUAAUGGUGGCAUGCCAUCCGCGGCCGGCAUUCAAUGUAAGUACGAAGUGACGGCUACCGCUACGCCCAACGGUAUAAGUUCACCACAAGAUUUGACUACGUCCGCACCUCCGGGUGCCAGAUCUCCACCAUCCGUGUCCAUGAAAGCUGCGAGGUCGUCAGCGGCAGGAUCAUCACCCGGCGCCCAGGGACCCGUGUCCCAAACUUCAUCAUCACCCGCUUCAUCCAUAUCGUCCACAUCGUCCAACGGCGGUGGAGGUCCAGGAAACGCAUCGUCCGGUAAAGGGUCCGGUCAGAAUCCACCACAAAUUUACCCGUGGAUGAAACGAGUACAUCUUGGCCAAAGUACGGUGAACGCCAACGGCGAAACGAAGCGACAAAGGACAUCGUACACCCGAUACCAGACGUUAGAGCUGGAAAAAGAAUUCCACUUCAACCGGUACCUGACCAGAAGGCGGAGGAUCGAAAUCGCGCACGCUCUCUGCUUGACCGAGCGGCAGAUAAAGAUAUGGUUCCAGAACAGGCGGAUGAAAUGGAAAAAAGAACACAAAAUGGCAAGCAUGAACAUGGUGCCAUACCACUAUCACAUGGCCGCGCAACCUUACGGCACUCCGUAUCCGUUCACGCAUCUGACCACCUGAGAUUCGUAUUAUUAAUUUAACGGUUCUCGCUCGAGCGGCCUGCGCUAGUCGCCGUUCACGUUGCCGUCGCCGUUCGAUCGUGAUCACGGCCGUUAAAUUAAUAACAUUCUCAGACGCUAAAAACACACCACCGCGGCAAAAAUAUUAUUUAAUCGUUCUCGGAUUGUCCACAAAAUUAUAUCGCUGUGUAAAUAAUAUUUAUGUAAUUUAUGUAAAUAAAAUUAAGUAUAAAUAAUUUAUUUUAUUUCGCUGUCACUAUACUUAAAAACAUUGUCGCUUAAACACGUGUCGCCAUUAAGACAAUUAUCGCGUUUUGUCUGCGUGCACAUCAAAUGAUAGUCAAUGAACAAUUUUUUUUUUUUUUUUCAUUAUUAGUUACCUCGAUUAAUUUAAAUAAUGAACUAUGACAUUUUAUUUUUGAAGCGUAACAAUAACCUGAUUACGUACAUUAAACAAAAUAAUUUUUAUUGUACACGAAAUCAACUUAAAUUCCAAAAAAAAACUACUUAAUUAUAUAUUUAUUGCUGUUCUUUUGUUUGGGCGUUUUUCGGGGGUUUAAUUGGUAUACUUUUAAUUUUGUCUCUGUUUCUCGUUGUAAAUAUCGAUUAAGUACUUGUCUGUAAAUAAGAUUAAAAUAUUUAAACGUAUAUAUUUAUGAGUUGUGUUGUAAUUAUAAUAUUUUCUGUAAAUGUGUUAACCCAGAGUCUGUGAUUUUUCUUUAUUUUAUUAUUACGUUUUAGUUUUGUAAGAGUACACGAUAUUUAUAAUGGCAUCAAAUAAAUAUACCCAAGUUGUUUUAUUGCAUAAUUAUUUUUUUUGUUUUAUUGUUCGAUUUUUUUAUUAUUACUAUAAUUUUAUUCUCCUAAAAUAAUCUGAUUUCCCGAUUUUUGUUGUUUUUUACUGUUAAUGAAAAAAAAAAAAAAUAAUAAGUAUUUACAUAUUUAAGUAUAUUUUUAUUUUAUUUUACCGUUUAAACUUUGUACUCGGAUAGAUUCGUAAGUGCAAUACAUACAUUAUUUUUUAUUUAUUGUAAAAACAAUAAAAAAGUAAGAUAAUAAAAUUUAAAUAAUUAAUGUUAAUUAGAUGUUAUUAAUAGAAGACAAAUUUCUCUAGUAGUAUAAAAAAUUAAUAGUUAUGAUAAUUUAUUUGUAAUGAUAUUUAUACUUAUUUAACUUGUCAAUUUACUGUUGACAAAAAUGCAUUGUUUACCAACGCAACUACAUUAUUGACUGCUUUUCUGUUUUUGAUUAAUUUUGCCCAGGAUAAAUUAAAACUACUGCACUUAAAUUGUUUGUACAUAUAACUUAACAGAUUAUUACUAAAAGUCAGUUUAUUUAAAUAAAAACAAUGUAAAAACAAAACCGGGAAACAAGAUUAAUGAAUUAUAAUAUUUAUACUAUAAUAAUAUAUAAACAAAUAUAUACACAAUGAAUAUAAAAUAUAUAAACUUGUUAUUA